AGUUCUGAAUUUCCCUUGGCAACAUGGAGCUGCCCGAAUUAGAAUUCUCUGCAUGAGGGUGCUGGUGAGCAGCAGGAUGGUGACCGGGGAGGCCGGAGGCAACAACUACUUGAUGGCGUGUUGGCAGCCCAUCCUGGUCCUGCUGUUGGGCACCGUGCUCUCCGGCUCCACCACCGGCUGUCCCUCCCGCUGCGACUGCAACGCCCAGGAGCGCUCGGUGGUCUGCCACCGCCGGAGGCUGGCCGGUCUCCCGGAGGGCAUCCCCAUCGAGACGCGGCUGCUGGACAUCAGCAAGAACCGUCUCAAAAGCGUCGGGCCAGAAGAGUUUAUGAAUUACCCUCUUCUGGAGGAGCUGCAGCUCAACGAGAACAUCAUCUCGUCCAUCGAGCCCGGGGCCUUCAGCAACCUGGCCAACCUGCGGACUCUGGGGCUGCGGAACAACCACCUGAAGCUCAUCCAGCUGGGCGUGUUCACAGGCCUCAACAACCUCACACAGCUGGAUAUCAGCGACAACAAAAUAGUGAUUCUGCUGGACUACAUGUUCCAGGAGUUGUACAAUCUAAGGGCUCUGGAGGUGGGGGACAACGACCUGGUGUUCAUCUCGCCGCGCUCCUUCCAGGGCCUCAGCAACCUGGAGUCCCUGAACAUCGAGCGCUGUAACCUGGGCUCGGUGCCCACCGAGGCCCUGAGCCACCUGCACGGCCUGCUGUCCCUGCGCCUCCGCCACCUCAACGUCAGCGCCAUCCGAGACUACUCCUUCAAGAGGCUCUACCACCUCAGGCUGCUGGAGAUCUCCAACAUGCCGGCCCUGGACACCAUGACCGCCAAAUGCCUGUUCGGGCUGAACAUCACGUCGUUGUCCAUCACGCGCUGUAACCUCUCGGCCGUCCCCUACCAGGCCAUCCGCCACCUGGGUCACCUGCGGUUCCUCAACCUGUCUUUCAACCCCAUCCGCACGGUGGAGGGGAACCAGCUUCACAGCCUGCAGAAGCUGCAGGCCCUGCACCUGGUGGGGGGGAGCCUGGCCACCAUAGAGCCCUACUCCUUCCGGGGGCUGAAUCACCUCCGUGUCCUCAACGUGUCCAGCAACAGUCUGAGCACCCUGGAGGAGUCGGUCUUCCACUCCGUGGGGAACCUGGAGACCCUGGCUCUGUACGAAAACCCCCUGGCCUGCGACUGCCGCCUCCUCUGGGUCUUCCGCCGCCGAUGGAGGCUGAACUUCAACAGACAGCAGCCGACCUGCGCCUCCCCCCAGGCCGUGGAGGGGAAGGAGUUCAAAGACUUCCCCGACGUCCUCCCGCUGGACUAUUUCACCUGCAGGAAGUCGACCAUUGUGGACAACAAGAUCCAGGAGAGUCACGUGGACGAGGGAACCACGGUCCAGUUUAACUGCCAGGCGCAGGGCGACCCGCCCCCCGUCAUCAUGUGGCUCUCCCCCAAGAAGGAGUACGUGACCACCAAGACGGCGGGGUCCAGGCUCAGCGUGACCGGCGAGGGCUCCCUGGAGGUCCGCUACGCCCAGAUCAAGGACAACGGGACGUACCUGUGCAUCGCCAGCAACGCGGCCGGCAACGAGAGCAAAGCCGCCCACCUCUUUGUGCACAGCUACUCUCCCAACUGGCCCCACCUGCCCAACAAGACUCACGCCUUCAUCCUGAACCAGCCUAGUGACGAGGGCGCCAACGUGACCCGGGCCGCCGCCCCCUUCCCCUUCGACGUCAAGACGCUGAUCAUCGCCACCACCAUGGGCUUCAUCUCCUUCCUCGGAGUCGUCCUCUUCUGUCUGGUUAUUAUCUUCCUCUGGAGUCGAGGGAAAAGGAACACCACGUCUAAAAUAGAGGUCGAAUACGUGCCCCCGGCGGAGGACCUGGAGGAAGCCAGUCCCAACGAGCCGUCUGUGACUUUCAACAUGAAGAUCAUGUGACUCACAACGACUUCAGUCCACAAACUGCAUCGGGGCUCGGAAGCUCUCCUCUCAUGCAUCAUGUGUCAGAUUGGUCGAACUGAAAAGACGAACAACAGCAAUUCGUCUACCCUAGACUGUUUACCUGCAGGAACAGAAUCGGUACGGACACAGACACAACCUGAACUCUUUGAAUUCCUGUGGGUUUUUAUUGGCAAUAGCCUAUAAAAAGACCAGCCGGUGUUGCAAUGGACUUCACGCUCCUUUAUACCAGCGAAGGGAGUUUGUCUUUAAACCUAUCUACAGUUUUAAUCUAUAUGUAUUUUUCUGUAUCUUGUUCUGUCCUUGUACUUUUUUGCAACGGCACAAUAGAAAUGCUCUGAAUGACAUUUUGAAAUUACAAGAGUCUAAAGAGCCAGGGUGAUUAUUUUGUGGUUAUUCGUUUGGAGAGUCCCUUUUGAUAAGUUUACAUAACAAGGACUCAAAAACUCAAAAGAUUGUAUUACGCAAGAUGUAUGUGAAGUGUGAAUAUUAUAGCUAUUUCAACCGUUUGAGAUGCGAAACAUUAGCACAAUACUUUCCUAUCCGGGAUAUGGAUUAUUUCAAGUGUGACUUAAAAAUUGAGAUUUUUAAUUUGAUGCCUUACGUUUCCAAAGUUACGGCUGUCAUCUGAGCAAUACAUUACGUUGAUGUGUAACACAUACUUCUAUGUAUUUUAAUGAUUUUAUGAUUUAAAGCUCUGGUGAUAUGUUAAAUGUUGAAAUACAUAUUUAAGGAAACAGGCAGAUGGCAAGUCUAUUAAA